UAUAUUCUGGUGAUUGAUCUAUUAAUUGUUCUAUGUUGCUUUGUUUUUUUUUAAUUUCAUUUUGAUAAGAAUUUGAGCUAAUUUAUUUUUUGAAAAUUGAUGAAGGGAUGAGAAAGGCUACAAAUUUCUGAUCAAACUUGCUUAUUUUAAUACAUACUAUUGAAUUAUAUGAUUUGAAUUUUUGAGUGAGUGCAGAAAUUAUCUUAUGGCUGCUUUUCAAUAACUGCCUCUUUCAACAAGUAUAUGUGGCUAAGAUAACAAGUGGUUAAUUAACUAUGAUCGAAUAAUCUUUUUCUUUUUGUUUCCAAAAAAAGGAUAGUAAAAUUUUUAAGAAGGAUAAAAAAGGAUAGUAAAAUUUUUAAUAUUUUAACUCUAACUCAAUUAUGGAUUUUUACUCCUCAAAUUUCAUUUGUAUUGAAAAUGUGAUAUUUUGAUAGUAAAAAUGAGUAAAGAGAAAGCACUAUGGACUACCAAAUAGACCGAAUUGUUUAUUAAAUUAGCUCUCCAGCAAGUUAAGAAAAAUGAGCGUAAAGGCUCUACCUUAUCAAAGGAGGGUUGGGAGGCACUAAUGCAACAGUUCAAUGCUUUGAGUUCAAGAAGUUAUGAUAAGAAGCAGUUGAAGAAUAAAUGGGACAAUUUGAGGAAAGAUUGGAAUAUAUGGGACAAGCUAUUAAACAAAGAGACCGGUUUGGGAUGGGAUAGUGAAAAGAAUACUGUUUCAGCACCAGAGGAGUGGUGGAGUCAAAAGAUUAAGGAGAAUCCUGAGUAUAGGAAAUUCAGGCAUAGACCACUUCCAUAUGCACAAGAAUUGACACAGUUGUUCCAGCCAGUUGCAGCACAGGGCACUUACAUGUGGACACCUGCGGCUGAUGAUCCACAAGAUGUGUAUAGGCCUCAAUUGGAUUUGACCGAAGGAUCAGGAGACAGUGAUGAUAUAAGAAACAUUAAUGGAGGAGCUCUCCCAAAAAUUGGGCAGGUUAACUUGAAUAAUGCAUAUAGUGGUGGUACUAAUUCAGGGAGCAAGCGAAAGAGAGGUGAAAGUGGUCAAAACAAAAAGGGAAAAUGUCUUGCAACGGUGAUGGUUGAUUCAGUGAGUCGAUUGGUGUCCACACAAGAGGAUAGGGUUUCAACAUUGAAGUCAAUUCUUAAUUCCAUAGAGGGUGGAACAAAACCAGUUGACCAAAAUGUGUUGGAGGUUGCAAAGGAACUUUAUGGAAUUGAGGAGAUUGCUUAUGAUGAGGUGCUUCUUGGACAGUGUGCUGUGGCCUUGCUAGAUAAGACCGCAAGGGACAUGUAUAUUGGGCUUAGGGACAACAGAAGAGCAUUAGUGGCCUAUUUGAGGUGCUUGGGCAAAAAAUGAAAUUAGAUCAUCUUAGCUUGCCUUCUAAUGUUUUAAAAUUUAGCUAGUGUCGUUCAUGUUGUUAAUUUGUUUUGAAACUGACUGUGUUAUUUGACUCUUGUGUUAUGUGUUUCUUACGU